AAAAUGUCAUCUGAUUCACAAGCAGGCGACAGUUAGCAAAUCCCGUUAAAAUGGUAAUCAGUGACUGACAGUUCAAUGGAAUAUCGGUUUUAAUUGGAACCCAAUGCUGUCGUUAUUGGUGUAAAGUGCAGGGUAUGUAGAGAUGAGUUCGCUGACUGUGGAGGAGUGUGAACUGCUGAGCGAUGCUAAGUACAGGUCCUACAUCAACCAGGUGGAGAAGGCCCUCAAGAGCUUUGAGUAUACCAGUGAGUGGGCUGACCUCAUCUCUGCACUGGGCAAACUUAACAAGGUACUGCUAAACCAUAUCAAGUAUCCAGUUGUACCGAAAAAGGUGACCAUCGGUAAACGGCUUGCCCAAUGUCUGCAUCCAGCCCUUCCCAGCGGAGUGCAUCUCAAAGCCCUAGACACCUACGAUAUCAUCUUCAAAUGUAUUGGUACGCCCCGCCUAGCUCAAGACCUGUUCGUGUACAGUGCAGGGUUGUUUCCCCUUAUGGGCCAUGCAGCCAUGAAUGUGAAGCCGGCGCUGCUUGCGGUAUACGAAAAGCACUUCACACAACUGGACAAACAAGUGAAGCCUGGGUUAAAUGGGCUACUAUUGGGCCUGUUGCCAGGGCUGGAAGAGGGUUCAGAGUAUUAUGACAGAACAAACAGAUUAAUGGAGAAGUUUUGUGAGGCAGCAGGCCCUGCGUUCUUCUACACCUGUCUCUGGGAAUGUAUUAUGACGUGUCCUAGCAUCCGGCUCCCAGCAUGCACCUACCUCAGCACUCACUACAACAAGAAAAAGUCCAUGGAGGAUCAACUCUACCUGAUGGGACAGAACAUAGAUUUGAUGGCAAAGGCGACCUGCAGUGCAGUGCAGGACUCCAGUGUUCUGGUACAGAGAUGUAUUCUGGACUUUCUAUUGAAUGCGUUCCCUAUGCACAACGCUCAGCUGACCAGGGUGGACACUGGUCGGGUGGUCAACGCUGCGCUUUGCGUACUUCUCCGGCGGGACAUGUCUCUGAACAGGCGACUGUAUGCCUGGUUACUGGGCACUGACGCCGCAGGCAAUCCUGUGUUCAGUGGGGUCACGGACCAGGGCAAAAAGGGCAAGACGGAUUCGAGCUCUGUUUCAGGGGAGCUGGACAUGACUUUUUUCCACAGCUACUCAAAGGACAAGCUCGUGUCAGCUCUCAACAGCUACCUGAUCAUGAGCGCGGAGAGUUUAAGCCACAGUGCCUUCGGAGGCAGUGAGAAACACACGGCUUUAAGGCCAUUUAGAAUACUGAUAAGCCUGCUGGAUAAGCCAGAAAUCGGGCCGGCUAUUAUAGAGGACGUUCUUCUCGGAGUCUUUCGCUGUUUGUAUCGAGAGUGUGUGGUCAAGGCUAAAAUGUCGGAAUCAUCGGUGAGCGGUCGCCGAAAAAUGGAGAGGAGCUCUUCUGUGAACAGUCAGUCAGGUAAAUACAGUCGCCAGGAUAGCCUGGUGAGCGUGGAGCUCACCAAAACGGCCAACCUGCUUGUCAACACCUUAGAGCCUUACUUCAUCUGGGAUUUUAUCGCCAAGAACUUUGAGGCAGCCUGUGUGUUGGGUAAGCAGCAACCCGAGGGACCCCAGGGAGACCCUGAGUCCAGUCAGGGCAGAGACAUCCCUUCUGUGUUGGAGCUGUGUCAGCUUGUGGACUUUCUCCUGGACAUUGUGUCACUGGAGACAUACAUGGAGACAACCACGGAGCAUUUACCUGACCUUCUGCGUCACAUCACAAGUUCUCUGACUACCCACUGCGCGAGGAUCACAGACCAGGAGGUGACCGCUUCUCUGCGUCUCUGUGCCAAGAUCCUGCAGAAGGUUCAACCCUCCAUGAACAUCCUGGGCAGUGAGGCUCAGGAGAAGGAGACGGAGGUGUUCCUGGCGGGGGAUCAGGACAUAGACAUCAAGAGCACCUUUGCUAAGAUCACCAGUGAAACGUCUGUGAAUGAGACCAAGGAGGACCGUGGGGAGAAUGACAUAGAAAAGCACCAUGACAACGAGCCAGAGAAAGCCGAGGAUUCGUCACAAGAGGAGGCUGAGGGAGAGGACAGCGGUGCACAGUCAGUGGGCAGCAGGAAAAGCUCCACCCCAACUCUAACCAGUAGGGUGUCAGAAAAUGAGGAGUCUUCUGGCACAGGGGACAGUUCCGCGAUGAGAGAGUUUCAGCGCUAUAACUCCAUUGAGAUAGAGCGCUCCCCAUCCAGGGUGUCCUAUCGUAUCAGUGGCCCACUGACACUUAUGCAGGCCUGUGUUCAAAGCUUCCAGGAAUUUUUCCAUGUGUUUGUCACAGAAAAAGUGCUUGGGGAUAAAGACUUGGCAAAGAAAUGCCUGGAUCUCAUAACACUGUCGUCGGACUCAGGGAAAGGUUCUGACAGGGACUCGUUGCUGGAAGGUGGCUCCAUCUACAGCCAAGAGGAGGUAACUCCUGGAACUAAGGUGGGAGUGCAGUGUUUGGUGAGCUCUGAUAGAAUCACUAGCCACCUAUGUGAAGCCUUCUCUUCAGCCUGUAAACUGCUGGUGGAUUUCUCCAGUUUCCCCAUGUACUGUACAGACUAUCAUAAACUCAUGGACCAGACAUUAAAACAGGAUGAGGAGUUGACCUUACCCUGCUGGCUUCAGGGCCUCAUAACAUGCACAUCAUUUGUGGACAGUUUUAAGAUCAAGACGGCAGCCAUCUCCACGAUGCUGGACCUAAUCAUCCUCACCCAGUCUGUACAGUCAGAGACGGAGAGCAAGGAUGCAGAGCAUGGUCACAAGCGCUCCGUCACCGAGGGAACCGUCUCCGUGGUUAUUCUGCCCUUUCUCCUCCCAAAGCAUCUCUAUUUUCUCAACAGUUCUACACUCUUCUAUCGAAUGGUAUCUGAGGGCCUGUGGGAGUACCUGGGGGAGGAGAGCAGUGGCUACCAUCAGACCAGUGUGGAGCUGUUCCAUCAGCUACACCAGGUCACCCCAAACAGCUGGGUCUGUGAGGAUGUCAUAGGCAACGCUCUCAUACAGGACGACCAGCAAAAAAGGAUAGAUGCAUACAAGAAGUUUACAGUGCUGUGGCAUUUGACGAGAGACAAGAGAAUGGAGACCACGCCUGGACGAAUGAUACGAACCUAUGACAGAUCAAUGUUUGUGGUGCUGGACAGCCUGAAGGAAGAGACGAGCCCCACCCAGGCCAUAGCUGGCACUUGGGUCACACACAGUCUACAGAGAGGGGACCUGGGUAGAAUGCUGGAGCCUAUCCUCCUGAUGCUCUUCCAUCCAGACACAGCCAGAAUCUCAAUUCAGCACGUGAACAUCCAUCAGCCUAAGAAAGUGAAGCUGAGUGAUGUAGGAGACGAGAUCGAGUCGACAGAAGCCAAAAUCUUCGCCAUCAGCAAUGAAGGUGGCAAUGUGAUUUACCACGUUAGCUCACAAGGUAAAACCAUCUCUAAAAGGAGUGCGGAGGAUCUGAAAUCCUAUGCCUUGACAGUGGUAAAUGAGAAAGGCUCCAAGUCCAAGUUUGUGACCGCUCCUACACGGGCUCAGCCAGACCUCCCUUUUGAAAGGGUCAAUGCAGACAUGCUGAACUUACGUGUGAAUCCUUUCGGGACAGAAAACGUGUUGGACAGACUGGUGUUUGACGGGCUGGAUAUUCCUGGUGUAACCAUGUAUGCAGAUCACCCUGACCUAGCCAGUAUUAAGAGACUGAACAAAGAGACCUGUCAGAAAGAAGGGAUAGUGUUUGAGGAUAGGGAUCAAGAGGAGUCAGAAGUGACUCUGUCAGAGACUCCAGCUGAACAAGAGGAGUCUGUUGAGGACAUUGUGCUAGACAUUCUGGAGGAGUUGAUCGACAAAACGAUGGAGAGUAAGCCUUCAGACACACCUAUCCCAUUACGCUCCACAAGGGAGACAAGCGUGGUGUCCAGAGACAGUGUCAGUUGUCCAGAAGAUGAACUGUUAAAUUCCAUUGAGCGUCAGGGCGUGAACAUUGACUCCCCUUCAGGUAGUGAUGUGGAUCUCUCAAAACAGAACUCGGGGUCACAUGGCGAGCCAAGCUCUACGGACAUCCACACCCUUCAUAUGCAUAUUUUGCUCUAUACACAGAAAUAUGACUUCCAGAGAACUCUGUACGCUCUCACCACACUCAAGUCACUCAUUCGGUCUUGUCCAAGGCUUGUCGUGGUUUCCAUGGCAACGUGUAGCAUUUCUGCAGUUCGGACACCUCACUUGCUCAAGGUUCAGACGUUGCUGGCCCGACACAGGAAAUCUGUGUUUGAGAAUUUCUUCGGGGAAGUUCCUUCGGAGACGCUGUCAGGCUGCCGUAUGAACAUGUACCUGGAAAUUCUGGUGUCCGUGUUGUUGUAUUAUGUGAGGAGCUACUACCCUAAUCUGAUGAUGAGUAAACUGGCCCCAGAGGAGUUAUGGGGAAACCGAGAAGUCCACAUUCUCAGUGCUGAGAUUCUUAUGUUGAUGAUGUCAGAACUAAUCCUAAUUACUAAGGACAGCGGUAAAAGCUUGCCUCUUACAUGGACAGUUUACUGACCAAGUGCAAAACUUCAGAAGGCUCUGCUUCACUGCGUACUCGCUAGUAUUUACAACGCGCGACGUAAAUUCAGUAAGGAGAAAAGUGCAACUAGCUUUACGGAAACUAUCGUCGAUUUCAAUGAAGAGAAUUUGGACUCGUCGGCCGUCGAAACAUUCCAGAUUAAGCUGCUUCAGUUGCUUCGCGUCAUGGUUCAACUGGAAGAUCACAUUGUUAAAGCUAAUGGGGAACAAGAUGCCUCCACUUCAGCGGGGUCACAGAAUGGGAGCAGCAAAGUCAGCUUCCAGCCUUCUCUUUCUCAUGUGCGUUACAAUCCAGCAUUACCCAUGGUGCAUCAGGCUAUGUUUUUGUCUGGGAUUCUUAGUGCCCUGAAACAGCAGCAUGUUGCCCACAUGCACAGACACUGGAUAUCCAUGGUUACAUCAUCUUUACCAUUUAUGGGCAAAGCUCUGUCACAUAUUGUCAUGUCCGUCGUGGCACAGUUGUGUCGCAAUCUGGAGAUGCUUGCUCAGGCGUAUGGACCACCCAUCAUGAAUAGUAAAUAGCGGUUUACGGCGAGUACCCCUGACCACAUGCUGACCAUGCUGGAGGGACUGACCACCCUAUGUCACUACUGCCUCCUGGACAGCAGUCCCAAAGUGUCGCUGGGCCCGCUACCAUCGGGCGCCAGCAGCACCUCAGAGGCUAAUAACUAUGCCAGUCAGAUCAUCUUUAACCUGCUUCAUGUAUUCAACCCAGUCAGUGGCAAGGACUCCAGCCCCCCACGUGACCUGACGACAGCCAUUUCUCCAGUUAUGGAGGCUCGUCGGGAUCUGCUGAGCAUCCUUCCUCGUAUCAUAGCCUGUCUGGCCACCAUCUGGAAAGCUAUCACUCUGUCUAACCAGGAGGCCAUGGACACACAAUCUGAACAAGCUAACUGGACCAUGGGAUCACCCAAGAUUAUCCAGAGGUACAUCCUGGAUUUCCUCAGUCCCUUAUCUCAGUCCCAUGGGGUCAGUCUGUUGGGAGCUGUGGCUGUCGCCUGGAAUGACCGCCGCAAGAAAUCCAGCUCUCAUGCCAAAAAGGUGAUCCCGGUGCCAUGUGAUGACCAGCUGUUGUUGGUGGAUCUGGUCAGUGAGAUCAAGGUCCUGCCUACAGACAAACUUGUACAGAUGGUCAAGCAGGUGAUGAAGCAACCCCCUCCAUCCGAACUCACCAAAAACAAGAAGAGUAUUCCACUGGAGGUGAACCUGUUGCAGUUUUUCUUUGCCUACAUCCAGCAGACGUCUGGGAUACAGCUGAUUGACUCGUGGCCUUCCCUGCUGACCCUGAUCAAGGAUGGCCUUCAGCUGAACAUCUCACCACCAGGACAGUUCUUACUGCUGGAAAUAUUAAAUGAGGCUGUGCAGAGAAUGCCUGGUAUGGAUGACCGGAAAAGUCAAAAGGAAUUGCAGGAUAUUGUUCAAAAGGUUCUGGACUCUGUGAGCACUAUCGCUGGGUCAUGUUUGGCUCAAACUACAUGGUUACGGCGUAACCUGGCUGUAAGACCCGGCCCUCAGACUGACAUCCACGAUGUGGAGGAUGGAGAUGUCAAUGAGGAGAGUGAUAUGGAGAUGUCGCCCCCCUUGGAGAGAAAAGUGAUAGCACCGCAGAACUCCAAUUCUGAGAUCUCCAAGUACAGUGUACAGGCUCUGACCCAGCUGGCAGAGAGGACUGCCAGUCUCCUGGAUGUGGUGUAUGGGAGUGAAGAGAAGGAGAAAGUUGUCCCAUUCCUCACUUCCAUUAUGUACAACGUCUUCCCUUAUCUCAGAAACCACAGCCCUCACAACCUCCCAAGUUUCCGGGCUUGCUCACAGUUCCUGUCCAGCAUCAGUGGUUACCAGUACACUAGGAAGUCCUGGCGGAAAGAGGCCCUGGAGCUCCUGCUGGAUGCCAGCUUCUUCCAGAUGGACCAGAAGUGCAUUAGCUACUGGGAGACCAUCAUAGACAAUCUGAUGACCCAUGAUAAGACCACCUUCAAGGACCUCAUGAGUCGUGUGACGGUGGUACAGGCGGGCUCCCUGAACCUAUUCAGCAGUAAGGACCAGGAGUUUGAACAGCGGACCCUGCUCCUCAAGAGGCUCGCCUUCACAUUGUUCUGUAGUGAACCUGACCAGUACCAGAGGAACAUGCCAGAUAUACAAGAGCGUCUGUCAGAGAGUCUGCGUCUCCCGCAGGUGCCCAGUGUGAUGUCACAGGUGUUCCUCUGCUUCAGGGUGCUCAUACUUAGGAUGUCCCCCCAGCACCUCACCUCCCUCUGGCCUACCAUCAUAACAGAGAUGGUGCAGGUGUUCUUACAGAUUGAGCAAGAACUGUCUACAGAGACUGACGAGUUUAAUUUUCUGCUAAAGACCAGGUCCAGGGCUCAGUUACAGAGGAUAGCAGCCCUGGAUUCCACCUGGGCACACCUGGGUAAUGGCCUUAACGCCCACAAUAACCCCGCCUGGUUACAGCUGUACCUGAGUGCCUGUAAGCUGCUGGACCUGGCCCUGGCUCUGCCUGCUGAUGUUAUCCCACAGUUCCAACUGUACCGCUGGGCAUUCAUCGGCGAGGACUGUAGUGAUGAGGAUGGCAGUAAGAAGGAAAAUGCCUGGACCAAGCCUACCUUUGUCCCACACAUUGUUCGUGUGUCAAGGCUUCUCAACACUAAGGUGCCCAGAGAUUGUGGUGUUCUUCAGAAGUUGCCCGGUAGCCCCCUCUUGACUAUGACAUACCUGCGCUCCCUGGUGGAACUCCAGCCCUUCUUCAACACCUUGGCUUCACUCCAAGAGCAGGAAACCACCCACAAGAAGAAGACCCAUCUGGACGUGAGUGGGGCUCUGUCAAAGUCACGCUCCGUGCCUGAGUUUAGCCAGCUGUCCCGUGCCUCAGAGCUCCUUUACUCCACACAGUACCGCUCCUCACACCAGCUCAUAGAGGCUUCCGUGGAAAGAGACUUUCUGGAGUUCCUUCCAGCCUCCUGAAGACUCGAUUGAGCCGAUAUCACUGAGUUACACAGAUGCACAGCGAUGGAGAGCUGAUAUUGAUCAGUUCUGUGGUGGAACGGCUGUGUUAUUAAGCUCACUGUCAUACAAGUGAUUUGAUGGGCUCAGUGCUAGAACAGUGCUGCUCAGAAGCUCGGAGUCUAAAUUACAUGGGAAAAGGUCUGCUAACUGCAGCAAAGGUACAUCAGAGUGCAAUACUGUCAAUGGCCUGAAAUGUCACCCCAAAUUUUUGCCUUCUCAGAGGCAAAUAAAUGAUAUAAAAUAUUACUCUGUUGAAACUUACAUUUUUCUUUUAGGAGACAACCUUACCUUCCAAACAAACUUUGAAACACAUUUCUAAAAUCAAUAGAACUCUAAGAGUAAAACAGAAUGAGUAAUUUAUUUGUCAUGUUCAAAAUGUUAGGUUAAAUACAGUAUAGUUUUGUGACUAAAAACAGCUGUAUCUUUGAGCUCACAGUCACACAGUUUGUUAGAUGUACAGUUAAAACCAAAUAAAAAAAAACAGGGGUAGCUGACUUUAGACAUGAAUUGGAUAAGCUUUGGUGAUGGCAGCAAGAUUCAGCAUCCAUGUAAACUACAUAAGCUCCAAAUCAUAGUAUGACUAAAUGGUGAAACUCAACAACACUUGACAACAACUACAGGGAACAAGCUCACUUUGAUGAACACGGAGUACAGUAUAUGUAUGCCGAUGUCAUCACAUUUCUGUUGUUUCAUAGUAAAACAUGCAUGCAGGAGACGAUACAACAUGUACAUUUUUGACUAGUAUUCAACGUUUGCCAUCUGUGGUUGGGCAUUUUUCUUUCCAGCAAUAUUAGGAUUACAGGGAGUUGUGAUAAUUAGGGAUAUGUUUAUGUGAAUUCUAAUUGCUGAUAGUGUCAUAAAGCAUGUCUUGCGUCUACAGAAGCUGAUAAGUUCUCUGGAAGACAUUUGUGGCUUAGAAAUUGAGUCUUGACUGGUUGAUCGACUGGAUGUAGUUGGUUAUAUUUUGUGAUAUACAUGUAUAUGUAUAUGUGGCGUUAAAAAAUAUUUAAGCUUUGCUUAUACAUAUGAUCCUUGUUUUCAGUCUGUGAGAAGUCAGGGAAAACAGAAAGGACAGUAUUUAUAGCUUGAUUGGUUUAUAUUUAACUUGUUUGCACUGAAAACAGACUUCAGCGCAAUACGUACUAAAUCAGUAUUUUUCUGCAAGUCUGUAAGAGCAUAAAUGUCAUCGAAUCUUAUGGUUGGUUGAUUUGUAUAGACAGUGUGACUUGUUUGGAUUAUGGGUUUAAAGAGAUUUAACAUCUUGCACUUGGAUGAAGAGUAUUUUCAUGUCUGUGAAAAGUAAAACGGAAGAAGAAAAAAAAAGUUCAUUACUAUUAACAAAAUGUUCAACGGAAAUUCUAUCAUAAACU